GAGCCUAUUAUAACACAAGAAGUUCGAAGUCCUUUGACUCCCGUGGAAGGCGAACCUGUCACUUUCAACUGGACGUACGAUCUUCAGGGACAGUCGUUCCAACAAAUGAUUUUCACGAAGCGAGGCAUUUUUCGUAUUGUGCAGCAAUUUCUUUCAAAUCCGCUAUUCUUUGAAGAUGGUUUUCUUGACCGAGUGAAAGUGGACUUUAACGUAACGCAUACGUCGUAUGCGUCCUUCACGUUUCUUGCCGUGUAUCGAAACGAUUCGAACUUCUAUACCUUUAGUUUGCAAAGUACUGGAGGUGGUACUGAAAGUCCUGAAGUGGAGCUGAAUGUGCUAUGUAAGUAACAAUUAUAUAUGAACUUUGUAUGUUUCCUUUUUGCAGGUUAUUUAAGCUUAUUAGUUGAUCUAAAAGUGUCUGAAGCGUUUGUUUCAUGUAAAUGCAAACACUUUCACCAACAGUGUCGUUGAAAGUUGUUUUCUGUGCAAUCGCUUCUUCACUUUCUUUUUUGAAAUAAGAAUGGGGAGCUUAUAUCAUAUGUUGGAAGUGUGAUUUUCGCUACGUGAAGUCAUCGCCAUUCGAACAAAUACUGAUUCAUCGCUUCUUGUGCUCAUUAUCUUUUACGCCCAGAACUUUUCUGACUUGAAAUAGCAGUGUGAAUUGGCUACUGAUGGGAUUUUACGUACAUCGAUACCAAUUUAUAAGUUUAUAUGAAGCUUUAGCUCAAGUGUUGUCGGUUCGAGAGAACCCAUUGCUUAGAAACUGAAAGUCAGAUUACUUGGUUUGCCGCACAUUAAUUUAAUAAGCAAAUAUGCUCUAAGUGAACUUGGAAAAGCAUUCUGUAUAUAAAACUUGGAUUUUUAGACCAUGGACGAUUUUUUGUAGUUUGUGUCCAAGUGAUUGGUGAUAAAUGAAUAAACUUAGAGGUUUACAUUGUAAACAACGUAAGCCUCCAAGCAUAUAAUUAAGCCUACCUUUUUAUCCACAAAAGCGGACAUAUUUGUCUGUCCAUCAAAUGGUGGAUAUUGAUAACCUAAUUAGCAGACUUGUUCACGCGAAAUCAGAUGAUAGAGUGAAAAAAAGAUGUUGGCUCUCUUAAAUGUGGAAAAGGAUCAUUAAAUAUUCUAUCAAGAUGGAAAAAACUCACUUUUCUUUGAAUUUGCAUUUUUACCACUUGCAUGCAUGAUUAGUGCUCAAAUUAAUUCUUCAUAGUUCCAUUUUUGUUUAUUUGUCAGAAACAUAUAGUUGAAAGUUAAGGGCUUAGGAUGUGUUGGAUAUGAAACAAGUAAGAUUAAAUAUUUGUCAGUGUUAUUAGCCCGUGUAUAUUGCUUUUGACAAUUUUCAGAGGAACCCUGGAUCUUAUAUUUGCUGGAAGCUCAUCCUUGUUAAUGAGUAUUUUUGUUCUAAAUUAUUGAUAUUGCUUAGGGAAUGUUUGUCAUGGCUGUUAAUAGUUAUGAUACCAAUUCUGUUUGUACCGUCAUGGUUACAAAACGUCAUGCUAGAUUCCAUGUAUUUGUUUUAUGCUGUGAACCUUCCCACGAAUUUUCUAGUUAAAUUUAAUUCCACUAAGGAAUUGGCUCAUUUGUUAAUUGUUUUUGUCUUCAGUGCAUGUAUGCAGUGAUGUAUGACGCAUUUUGUUUUUAGACAAUAAAUGCUAUUUUCAUGGGCAAAAUUAUGCAAUAAAAUGAUUAUUAGAACUAAAAACCAUUAAUAGAGAAUGUUUGGGCUGGUUUUGAUAAUAUCUUUAUCUCUUAAAGUUUGAUAACAAAAAGUGGGAUUUUGGUGCUGAGUCAUAUUAUUAUCUAUUCACCUUUCAAUAAGUUUUUGUUUAUGCAUGCACUUGUUCCUUGUGAUAUUGCAGUGUAUUAUCUUUUUCACUUAAGCUAAAAGCAAUGAGAAUAUUUUAGCUGGCUAAUCAGACAAAUGUGUAGAGCAAAUCUUUCUUAUCAAGUUUUGGCUUUUGGAAAGUAGAAGUUAUUUAUUAGGAGUGUAAGGAUUCAUAUUCCUUGCGAUUCGAUUCGAUUUGAUUAUUGCCUUUCGAUUUCGAUUGUUUCGAUUCAAUUAUGGAAAUGUUUCUUAAUUCUUAUAACAUAACACAAGAUGUAAACAACAUGCAACUCUAAACCCUCAAUUUGAGAAUAGUAACAGGGACAGGAGGAUUCACAGUCGCUUGGUUUGUCACCAUGUUUGAGAACCUGAGAAAGAGCAUGUCGCACAUGGUUUGCCUUAUUUUAAAAUUCUCAAGGGGUGGUUGAAGGACAGCAUUUUUACAAGGUAACACAAAAUGACGCACGAACUGCUAUCAUAUUUCCUCAUCAAUCAAAAACGCAUAUUUUAAAGAGUUCUGGAUUCUGAUUUAACAAUAUAAUAACUCACUGAGGGCACCCUGGAAAAGGUGUGCAAAAAUCGAACUAAAAUUGAAAUGUGGAAGCAAGGAAUCGUGAAUCGAACCGAAAUCACGAUUAAUUGAGAAUUCAAUUAAUCAUUACACCACUAUUACUUAUUUAAUGUAUUGCUAUCAUACAGUGACUGUUGCCUAAUUUCUCGUCACAAAAUCAACACUGCUGAAUAAUUGAUGGCAAGUUUGUAAGAUUAACCAGGAAUAAAAUGUUUUAAUCUUUAAACAAUAAAAUCAAUAAGAACAAUUAUUGUUCUCAUCAACAGCUUAAGGAACAUGAAAAAACCAAUAGGAAUGAAUCUGUUUGUGAAUUGUGGAGUAUACUCUAAAAUUUUCAAGUGUGCAAACACCCCAGUUGAUAAAAUUAGUAGUUGAUUGCAGACAAUGAGUGCUGAGGAUGUUUCUAGAAAGCAAGAAUUCUAUGCUUUUGUGUUAACAAAAAUUAGUAGCAAAUGAAUAGCAUCAUUUCUGGGUCCAGUAAUGUUCCUUCACAAAAGGUCAAUGAAAGCGUAUUAUAGUGAUUGAAAACACUAGUGAUUUUGGAAGGUUUGUUAUGCUGAUAAAUCACCAAAACAUUCAAAGAAUCUACAGGUCAGAAAGAUUUCUCAUACAUGUUAUAGUCCAAUGAUUUUUUUACAAGACACUUCUUAAUUUUCUUUUAAGAGACAGAGUUGUAUUGGCUCAUUUGUAUAAAAAAUUCAAACCAGCUCUGUAAUGUCUUAUUACCAUUACAAUUCACUAAUAUCAUGCUGAGUUUAAAUCUUUUAUCCCAAAAAAGAACAAUUUGAAUGACAAAAUGUGCAAAAGAAAAUAAUCAAGUUAGUUUUUGGUACAAUCUAUUCCCAAAAUAAACCAAUAUAAAAGCUACCUACAUGUACAUGUAGAUGUUCAAUGUACUAGGCUUAGAUUUUGUCAGAGCUCUUAUCUUGGUAACAAAGGUCGAAUAUUGUUUUUUAUUCAUGUACAUGUAGGUUGAAAACAGAUUAAACCCACAACAAAAUAGUCAUUCAAUGAGCCUAAAACCAUUCAAAUGAAAUCCUUCUGAAUAUACACACUGUAAAAAAUACUGAUUACCCUAUCUUCAGUGGUAUAAUAGCCUUUAAUAGCCUAAGUCAGUGAAUUCGUAUGCUCCAGUGAUUUUGUUACCCCUGCGUCCCUGAUGCAUAAAAAUUCUCAAAGAGAAUGAAAAAUUGACGGUUUGCGUCCUUUGGGACGCAACAAUGAUCAAUUGAUCUAAAAAAUGUUUUUAAAGAAUGCUCUGUUUGCGUGAUUUAAAAUCUUUAUUGAAAGCUACCUCCAAACAAGAGUUAUUUUGUUUGCUAAUAAAAUAGAUUCCAAACCCUUGCGAAAUAACUUUUGGAAUUCCUAGGAAUUCCUAGGAUUAUCCUAGGAAUUCCUAGGAAAAAAAUCCUAGGAAUUCCUAAGAAUUCCUAGGAAUUCCUAGGAAUCAUAGGUGUGAAUUUUCACGGUAAAUUCGGACUUGGAAUUCCUAGGAAUUCCUAGGAAUUCCCAGUUUAAAAAGUUCUGGUUCUAAAUUCCUAGAAAUUCCCGGAAAUUCCAAAUGGAAAUGAAACUAGACUUGGAAUUCCUAGGAAUUCCAACCUACAAGAUUUUAAAGCACAAAAAAUUCUUAGAAAUUCCCAGAAAUUCCUAGGAAUUCCUAGGAAUUCUAGGAGUUUACAGGUUUAACAUCAUGUCAUCAAUCAACAUCCAAUGCCAGGAAAGUAAAGUAUAUGCAAAUUUAAUGGUUAAUUACCAACUGGAGAAAGCAUGGAAAUUGCAUUUAAACAAGUUUAUGAUAAUAAUGUUCAAAAUCACAUCUUAUGGUACAUGUUCUGUUUUUUACAAAAUUUAAUAAAACAAUUAAAGUCCUGAGAUAUAAAUUGUUCUUGAGUCAUUAUUGAAAAAUUGUGGGACACAUUUGUAACUGGAAUAAUACAGCAAAAGAGUCUUGAUUGAAUUAAUUUUACAGCGGGAACAUAUGUGUAAAAAAAGAAAAAGUCAGGCCAACUUGCUUCCAGCAAGCUUAUCUGCUAAGCCCUUACUGAGCCGCCCGACUUUUAAUUCAGCUCUCAAACUGAGAACAAAAUAAUGAACUGGAAACUAAAAUACUUGUAGUACAUGGCGUUUAAACAUACUUGUCCAUGACUACAGUAGAAUCCCGGCGGUGACUCGAACUCUAAAGGGAAACGAAAAAUAGUUCGAUUUUAAGUGGGGAAUUCGAGUUAUCGGGGUAAAUUUCAGUGAAAUCUUGAUCAAGAGAAAGCAAAUUUAGUUCGACUUAGCGGGGAAUUCGAGUUAUCCGAGUUCGAGUUAUCGAGGUUCUACUGUAUUAAAUCCGCCAGAAUCUGAUCGAGUAUUAGCUUAUUCACGUAGAAUUCCAUCAACCAUUUGCAACAACGACUACAGUUAUGUCUCCAGUAAACAAAAAGGAACCAAUAAAUGGUUUUCCAUGCCAUCUUGAAGUUUCGUGUUCAUAUAUCGGAACGAUCUAUAAUUUCACUUUGAUCUCCAGCUUCAUUAUUUGAGUACGUGGUUACCAUCAGAAGACACAUUACGAAGCAGGAACGUACCUUUACCUUUCACAAUCCAGCUGACUUAUCGUUCUCAGACAUGACUGGAAGCACGUUUCAUGUGUCAACAACAAAAUAAAUGAACAAUCCGCGUUUAAAAUAACGUCCAUUUCGGAUGCAAAAUACUUGUGCUCUUGCUAAUGAAAGUCCGCGUGAAUUUGAACUCACCAAACGGAACUUCAUUUCACACUUUUCCAUUGGUUCAAAAGGCGCACGUGAUGACGCACUUCACUUAGUGGGGAGACUGGUAACCAGUAUAGCUCAAACAUGGCGGAUGAUUUUGCUCGAUGAUGAUCAAGUUGAAAAAAGCGGUCGUUUUCAGAGCUAAAUAAAAUAUUCCAACGCUUUUGAGGUAUAAGCAGCGAGAGGAAAAUUUCGUGUUGUUUUUUCAAGAAGCGAUGACCUUUUAUUAGGCAAAGCCGCGAUGAAAAACGUGUUGUGGACAUGUUUGGAAAGCUCAGGUACGAGAAGUGGCACUUUGAAUAAGCUUUCAGUAUCGUGCUUAUUGUUGAUAAUUUUUUUUAAAGAUUUAAGUCGCAAUAAAUGUUGUAUAUAGAUGCUGGUUAAUGUCAAGAAAUCCUUGUUGUUAUAGGCAAUUAAAGGAAUGAUUAUUAAAAUUUUUUACGCUUUUUAUUACCUUUGAACAGUUAUCGUUUUUCCUAAAAAUUAAGCCAGUGUUUCCAAGUUAACAAUGACUUGGAAUUAUUGAGAAUUCCUAGGAAUUCCCACAAAUUCUCAUUGGUGUUUAAGCAAUUCCCAAUAAUUCCCAUAAGUUCCAAAGACAGUAUCCUUCAAACUUGGAAUUAUUGGGAAUUCCUAGGAAUUCCCAAAAAUUCCCACUGGUGUUUUAACCCAUUCCCAAGUAUUCCUAAAUAUUCCAAGGUUUUUUAUCUUUGCUCAUUUGCAUGUCUUGGAAUAAAUUGGAAUUCCUAGGAAUUCCCAGAACUCUGGGAAUUCAUUUCGCAAGGGUAAUUUCAACUCAAAUUCUUCAAUAUAAUUUUUUUGUUGUUAAGGCGGCCAUGUUUAUUUUACUGUUGGAGUGGUUACUCAUUAUCUUUGCCAUAAAGUUUCACGUGAGAGAUAGUCAAAAUGCGCGUGAUCAGAUUACAAGUGAUACAAGGUCCAAACACGCGUGAUUAAAGUGCGUUCUGUGCAUUCCAUUUAUUCUUAGUGGAAGUCCAAACAAAUGCGGGCUACAUACAGUCAUGUGACGUAUGCGUUAUAACAACCUGGGCCCAGUUGUUCGAACGCCGGUUAGUACUAACCCAGGGUUAAAUUUUAAUUUAACCCGGGGUUUGUUUUCUUUUUAUCAAAAGCACUUUCUCGGAUAAUUUUCUCUAUUCUUUUUAGAGCAUUCAAUCAUUAAAUUGUAGGCAAAGAGAAUUUAACUAAAUCUGCUUUUUAAGCUCUCAUAUCUGAGUUCAAAUUUCUCACUAACCCUGGGUUACCUUAACCCAGCUUUGAACAACCCAGCCCUGGAGAUUAGGAUUGUGGGCUCCUGUUGUCACUGGCCGCAAUUAAACGUUAUUGUCUCACCGUGUAAUACAAAAAACAACUCCAAAAAACAUCUUGCUAACUUAAAAUACAGGUAUAAGCAACAAUUGACACAAAAUAAAUAAAUGUAAUUACGUUUCGGUCCUUAUUAACUGUUAGUUAGGCGUGGGUUUUUGCCCGUUUAACACAAAACCGUUAGUGUUCGUUUUUCGCGUGAGAGGUCACAGAUACAAGAUGGAAAAGUGCUGAAACUAGCCAGAAAGGUGUGACUGAAUAAUUAUUAACAAACCAAUAAUUGUGACAAGAAUGUGGAGGAAAGUACAACAAAAAUGCUGAAACCUAAAUCUUAAGCAAUGCAAGCUCUUUAACAGCUUUAAUGUAGGGUUUGAGCUAGGAUUUGAUCACUGGGGGACAAUUUGUCCCCUUGGCUAAAAUUUUGGGGGACAUUUUCAUUUUUAGGGGGACAGAAAUUUGUACACCCUUCUGCUGAUGCAAAGGGGUUUGUCUUCUUAGCAGGGCUUCUGAUAGGUCUCGGAAGAAAAAGUCAAAUUUCGCGGGAUUUUUAGGGACAAAUUCGCGGAAAAAUCGGCUGAUUUCGCGUGCGUUUUCGGGGCAAACUUCACCGAAAAGCAAUCGGUAAAAAACCGGCCGAUUUUGUGGUUAUUUUCAAGACAAAUUUCGCUAGAAAUCGAUCGGUUUUGCGCUGAUCAGACCAGCCUUUUUGAUGUUUUUCUAACAGAGGUUAUCAUUUGCUCUUUCAACAAAAAUACGCUCCAGAAAUGAACCAAUGACAAAGCCUUUAACAUCAUGGCUAGUGCCCAGUUUUUCGCAACAUAAUCUGUUUGCACGUUUCAGUGACGAAGUUCCAAGAUAAAUUUGCAAGUUUACGGCAAGUAAAUAGCCCCUAUAGCUGAAAUAAGCUUCACAUAUGUUGUACAGACAUGUAUUUGAUAAGAUUUCUACCAAAUCUCGCGGUAUUUUUCGUAUUUUUGUGAAUUUCGCGACCGCGCAAAGAAUCAGCAAAUUGCAGUACAGCGUGACUGAAAGGUAACUUUGGAAUGAACUUUAAAGGUGCGAUAGAAUAUACUUCCACGUUCUGUUUCAGCUUGCAAUUUCUGCACUGAAAUAAAUCUCUUCGUGUGUGCUUCCUUUAAAUUUUUCUUCCCUAAAAUUUGAAGGGGACAAAUUGUCCCCUUGCCCGUUUCUUAAAGGGACAAUUCCAAUUGCAGUGCUGGAUUGGCGCAAUGGCGCGGCCUGGCUCAAACCCUGUUAAUGUCAUAGUUAAGUUGAGGUAUUUACCUCUUAAUUUAUAAAGAUUCCAAAAAAACAUAAUUGGUUAUAGUUAUUGUUCCAUGCAAUAAUUUUUGCGUUAUUCAAAAUAGUCUGGUUAACGUGGGAAGUGAAAUUAGCUACAUCGCUUUUGUUGUUAAAACAACCAGGCAAAUUAUUCAGAGAAAACAAAAACUUAAAUGCCUCGCAGCUGUGUAAGUGUUGGAACAUUGCAGAAUUAUGGUCAGAGUUGUGUUCAUCUAAUCUUACUCUGCGGCAUCUGUCAGUGUUGCCUAUGUAUGUAGCAUUACAAGCUGGACUUGUCAGUUUGUAAAUCACAUGAGAUUUAAGAUACAUAGGGUUUGAAACUUUGUCCAUGCAAAAUGAUGAAAGUUUCUUAGUUUGGUAGAAAAUUUUAAAACAAACAGGUUCCUUAAAACCACGCUUUAAUUUCCGCACUAGUCUGUUUUUGAUUGACUCUCCAAUGUAGCCUGCAUAAGGCAGUCGAAGCCAAAUUAAUCUUGCUAGUAUCAUUGUUGGAUGAACUUGGCUCAGAGUCACUACACAUGAAACGUUUAAUGAGGUUAGACAUAACAGAUCUAGGAAAACCAUUCCAAGACAGGAAAGUUUUGAUCACUGAUAUUUGUUUCUGAAAUGGAGAGUUGUUAUCGCAAAUGCGAGAACUGCGAUGGAACAGAGCUCUAGCCCAAGCGAUCUUAUGAGGCCAAGGUUCAUAACUGGUGAAAGAGACAUACUGGCCAGUGUUUGGGUCUUUCCUGUAAAUAUCCGUAAAAGUUCUGUAAUAUUUAUUGGGAGUCAACUGUGCUGAUUAAAAAAAUAAGGGGGUCUUCGUUUUAGGGUCUUAAUUUUCAGGUCCAUGUUUUUGGGUGUUUACUCCCAAUUUUUCUUGGGUCUUCGUUUUUGGGUCCAUGUUUCUGGUUUUGGGAGUCAUUGUUUUCGGAAUGACCAUAAAUCGACAUCCAUUUGAUACAUUGAAAGACUUAAUGUGGCAUAGUGGUUUCAACUGGUCUGUAAAUUAAUCAAUCAAUAAUUGCAUUUGACGAAGGAGAACGCUUACUAUUUGUGUACCGUACAUGAAGUAGCAACUGUUCUGUAUGCCAUGCAAUUUCACUGUUUGGACGCUAUCUUGGACCGGCCUGGCACAAUAAUUUUUCCUAGAUCUCAUGUAUUCCAUUUUUCUCACCCGGGAGCUGGUAUCUAUUUUGUGACACUCAUUCACAGAUGAAAUGUUGGCGAUUUUCCGUUUACUACAGGUUUGUUUAUAGUUUUUCUCGCAGUUUGCAAUUAAGUUUUUUUUAUAUAGGAAAAUUUCCAUUCUAAGAUAAUCAGAUAUGUAGAUAUUAUGUUAACAAUGCGUUCUUCACACUGGUUAGCUUUUGUUUUUAUGGAUUCAAACAAGAUCAGCUUAGAUCAACCAUAUUUAAUUCUAUUACAAAUUACAUCGUUUUGCUUUUAAAAGCUAUUUACAGCAUUGCAUUUGCUUUUGUUUAUCACUUUUUUCGAAAAAUUUACAAGAAGUUGAACAGUGAAACGUGAACCUUUUCAUCUCACUAAUUCCGGGUGCGUUGAAUGAGAUGAGUUGUGUUAGCCUAGUGUCACGCAACAAGGGUUUAAAGUGAUACUCGAUGCUUAAACUUUUCAGAUAACUUCAAUUUUUCUGUAUCCCAAUGUUUAGCCAUUCUUAUUGACCAUCCUAGAGUGCAAAGGGAUAUCCUGAGGAUCAUAGUCAGUGUUUGACCUGUUGUUACUUACAUGUUAUUUACUCAGAGAUUUAGCCAUUGAGUACAGUACGCUCUUGCAUUUUUGAGGAAAAAUGAAAUAGUAACAAAUUGUAAAGUGGGAGGAUAAACAAUAACACUGAUAAAGACAGCUGCUGAUAUUCGUAUUGAUAGAAGUGUUUGAUUUUGCUUUCUCAAUAUUGCAAACCCAUCAGGUUUUCCCCCCCCCCCUCUCCCCACUACCACUCACUACCCACCACCCCGCUCCCCCUCCCCAUCGAAUGCACUCCUCUAAUUUGCAAUUAUUACUAGUAUUAUUUAUCAGUCAAUGAAAGCUUUAACGGUGCAUAUCACUUCAUUAAAAAUCCUUUUUCAGUGAGCUGUUUCCAUAAAAAAUUCCAAGAAAAAUUCUACGAUUAAAAUAAUUUAUUUAGUAAAGCUAUGUUGCUACAGUAAUAAUUAUUAUGUGCUUUGGACUCUGAUUCAAGAGUUCCUUUGAGCCCCGUCAGAGAUGUGUUGUGUUCCUGGUGUGGCCAAGACGCCUCACUUUCACUGUACUUUUUUGCAUUACUCUAAUCAGGUAUGGGAAUGGUUACCCUGCCGUAGACUGGCAUCUGGUCCCAACAGGAAGUUGACAUAUUCCUUGUCACUUCUAAUGCUACAGUGUGUAAUGGAAUGACAAGGCUGAGCCUGCAUGGCUACUUGUUUUUGGCCUGAGUGCAAGCUUAACCUUUGGUCUACAUGUACAUGUGCCUACUAGUCACACAAUAUCACUUAUUGUACAUAAUGUAUGCAUAAUUAUGCAGUAGGUACAGUACAAUUGUAUGUAUGCAGGUACCUCUUGGUGUGCUACCAUCCCAGAUUUAAGAAGUGUUAAAUAUGAUAGCCUGUUCCAAGCGUUCAGAUAGUGGAGAGCGGUGCAGAGUAAAGAAAGCGAUGAAAAGUAGAGGGGGACUGGGCAGAGAGGUGCGGGAACGCUUGUAAGAAUUUUUAACAAAAGUGCGUUCCGGUAUACCAGAUCCUGGUAUACCCUCUGAUUGGUUGAUUUUGACAGUUUUUGUCAACAGUGGAGCGUCUUCGAUCACAGCGAGAAAUGCGAUAUGGCUGUUAUGACAGACUCUAAGUGCCGUCACGCAGAAUUCAAACUCGCAACAAACACAGCGCUGAGUGACUUUCCAAACGUGGAGGCUAAAAGCGAAGAGCAAAGAAACUGUUUAAAACACGUAGUCGGUAGGAUAGAUGUCUUAGCAAUUUCUCAUCGACUGGCUUUGGAAAAAUUCUUAUUUUCCAGCUUUUUACUCGAAUAAAGCAUGCGUUGGAAUGAAGGCAGGAUAGAAUGCCAUUUACGAUUGUUGUGGUAACUCCGUUGAUUACCAUCAUGGAAGACCAAGUGGAAUAUUUGAACAAAAUCGGAGUAGCGGCGGCAAUGAUGGGAGAAGAUAUGGAUGAAACCGUUAAAAGUGGAAGCUGUGAAAUUGUUUACUGAAGUGCCAAAUCGUGGUUGUCUAAUGAAUGGACAAAAGGACUUCAAAAAGGAAAGCUUGGAAAGCAAGUUGCAGCUAUCGCUAUUGACGAGGUCCACUCAAUCACCGAAUAGUAAAUUUUCCCUUCAAUUGUUGUGCAUUUUCAUUGCUUGAGUUAACGAUCUGUAUUGAAACGGCUUUCUAUCGAAAUGAGCGAUAUUUGUUUGUCACUUGAUUCAUAAUUUUUUGUCACGUACACGCUGAAAUCAUGUUUUAAAGCCGUAAAUAAAUUCAUUAUACAUGAAUACUUCUCCCGCCUUCUAUUGUCUGAAAGUCUUACAUUGGGUUUUUAGGAAGAUUAUGUAUACAUAAUAUUAAUUUUUGAUCUGAGAAACUUCGAUUUAUUCGCAAGAAAAAUAAUAAAUGCAUCGGGCUGUAACACCAGUCUUGAUUGACAAGUGAAGACCACCUACUGCUGAUGCGGUCUGACUGGGCGGAAGAGUCUAUUUAAAACAAAUCUAACAGGCGUUCCCUCUCUCACCUCUCCUCCUUCCUCGCUUUUAUUUUUUCGCGCUCCUUUUUACUUCGCACCGCUCCCCACUAUCUGAACGCCUGGAAUAGGCUAUAAAUAUGAAUUCUCAUUGGCUCUUCAUGCCAGUAAAUCUGGAAUCACUCCAGCCUCACCUUUUCUCCUUACAUUUUCAGUGAUUACUAUAAAUUUACUCAUGGCAUCACAUCAUUGACUUAAUUGUCAUUCAUCAUUUUUAUCUCAUUGAAAUAUGUUUUCUGUCCCGUUCAGUUCCUCCGAGUUUCAACGGUUUCAGUCCUGACCAAGUUGUGGUAGAAAGUGACUCUGGUACGAUCUCGUUAAACUGUUCUGCAGAUGGUAACCCAGCACCAACUGUCACCUGGACAAGAGUCUUUAGUAAUGGGAGUGACAGUGAUUUGCUGUUUACUGGAAACCCAUAUGUGAUCAACAGCAACAGAAUCAAUGCUGGAAGAUAUCGCUGUAAAGCUGAUAAUAGCAUCGGUAGUGCCAUCAAUCAGACAAUCCAUGUGACCGUCAACUGUAAGUACUCUGGUGUAUUUCCCAGUUUUAGUGGUUAGAUGUUGUUGUUUCUGAACAAACAAAAUUCAAAUGUGCUAUUGAUGUGAGAUUGUCUUAAACUGCUGAACUGCAGCUGAGGAGGGUUUAGGAAAAGAAUUGAUCAGAUACUGUCAACUUUCUCUUAAAUGGACACCUCACUAAUACAGACAACUACAGUGUAGAGUUGGCUCCUGUCUUUCUUUACUCUUUUAGUUGAAUUGACUCUCUAUAAUAAUGCCCAACUUUCUAAGACGGACACAUAGUGCCAGUUCCAAAGGUUUAGAGUCUCAAGUUAACUGUAAACACAAUUUUAACUUUGAAAAAAAAAUUCCAACAGUUGAAUGUCAUUCCAUGAUUGUUUGAUAAUUAAACAAAUAUCUACAAUGACAGGUUUACCACAAGUAAAAUUGAUUAUUACAAUGUUGCAAUAGGAAAAGGGGUAAAAAGAACCUGUUUUAAGUAGUAGGGCCUGUAAGUGCCAAAGGAGUGAGAUUUUCUUUGAGAGGUUACACUUCAUACUGAACAACAUUGAUUAAAAUCACUGUACACUGUAACAAGGCUGUGCUAUAAGGAAAAUUGAAGGGUGCCCAGUGCUCUGAAUCUGCAAAAUCUAGGGUACCCAGCGUAUGAUUUUUAUAAGUAGCCCAAGGGCAAAAGUUGGGUGCAAAGGUGUUUAUGUCUGGUCAGAAUUAACAUUGAAAUAAUAAAGGGGAAUAAAGGAAAAAAUUAAUACAUUGUUGAACAAUAUUAUUGAUUAAUUUAUUCUAAUAAUGAUGCCUUGUGUUAUUAUUUCAGUCAAACCAGAGAAUGUCCAGUUACCCGUACCAAAAUUUACGCUCUAGCCAGAAGGUAAAUUGGGCCAUAAUUUUCAGCCAAACCCAGGCCGAAAUAAACCAAAAUAGGGCCUUAAAAAGUUCAACCAAAGAUGAACCAAAACGAGCCUCACUGAAACGUAAAUAUUUGAGCCACAAAAUAAACCAAAAUAGAACCCAAAUCCUAACUACACUCCAGUGAUGCAAAAACUGGGCCAAAAUCGGGCCCAAAUUAUGCUGUCAUUUUGGCUGAACGGUAACACGAUAAUGACCGCUGUCUGCACGCUGCAUAUUUCUGUAAUCCGGUUCGAGCUAAAUUAGGCCACAUUUGGGCCAAAAUUACGCUGUAAUUGAGGCUGAGAUCCAACCAUUUUUUGGUCAAGAUUUCGCUCAACAGUAACUCGACACCGGCAAACUCGAGAUUGCGUGCCAAAUGUACAUUUUCAAGGUAGAUAAAUAGAUAAGCAGGCUAAAGUUAGUAUAAAUAAUUGACAAACGUUUGUAUGAAAAUCGCCACAAAUGAAACAUCAACUGGAUUUUUAAUGCAGUAUAGCAAAUUUAAAUACAUUGCUACCAGAAUUUUUCUACAAAAAAUAAAGAAUAUUACAUCAAAGAACGAAACCGGGUCACGCGUCGUUUUGAAUGUAUAAAUCACGAAUUCACAUCACGUACAAAGUCCACUUGCUACAGACUGUUCGUGCAUUUCUUCAAAAAUUACAAAGAGAUUGUCUGAAUAUUAUUCCUUCACAUAGAUGAGCACCAGCACUGCGACGAUCACAAAUUCCACGCAUCAAUACCUUUCAGUCUCACAAGCUCGAUAACUUUUUUGACACGGGACCCGUACUAAUAGCUAUUUCCUCUCAGGAUUUCUGUAAUUUAGUUCUUCCUAUGUUACCCACAACCAGCAAAUACAGCUGUGUGCUUUAGGAAAUUGUUCCAGAACAAUAUUUAACUGGUUUGUUAGGCAGGUUUUAAGCCCUAUAUCAUAGAGAUAAACAUGUUUCCAAGAAGACUUCUGCGUUUUCAAACAGUCAUGACCAGUUUACUGGCCGCCAAAAGAAAGGGCUACGAACGUUUAACAUGAUGCACGAUCUAUGAAGAAAAAACACUAACCUUAAAAUACAACUUAAAACACACAAGCUUACCUUUACCGGCAGUUUUAAAAAUUAUACUGACAUCCUUUGUCCUGCACAUUUUCACUUUCAGCUUCUUGCCUCGCUUCAAACGGUCCUUGCAAGGCACAGCGACUUUUGGGACUUUUUGGGUACAGUGCCGAUACUUUUGUCCGAAUCAAAAUAGAUGCAGUAAUGAAAACUAAUUUUCAAACUUACAGAUGUUAAGCUUCAAUGUAACUUAGAUCGGGAAAACGUUUACAGGAGAAGAAAUGAUCUCUCACUCGCUGUGUUACACAAACGUUUUUCUCUUACGAUGCAACUAACGAAAAACCCAAAUGCCCGCCAAAAUAAACUAACCAAUCAUCAUGUGUCUCUAAGGCCACGUGAACAUUUCAAGACAGUUUUUGAGAAAUCAAGAAAUGCGAUCACGCAAAAACAACGCAUGGAAAGUUUCAAGUGGACCUGUACUGUCAGGUUUACUACGGUAACGUAAAGACAAUGUCACGAAAAUUUUUCCAUAGUAAAGCGCUUUUUACUGUAGUAAUUGUAGAGGCUUUUUAAUAUGGUACCACCACGAUUCAAAUACAUCAUAUAUAGCUAUUGAAAUCCAGCUUUAACUGGUCGGAAGUGUUCAGGGGCAAAACAUUCAUUUAUUGUAUUUGGUUUCGUGCGUGCACGGCAUGGAUUUAUCUAUCGUCAGGUGCGUCAAUUAUGUUUGCAAAGUUAAUUGCGAAUAAAAUAGAAAGAGAUUAGUCUUACUUGCAAGGUGCGGGAAUCAACUUUGUAGGUACGUAUUGUAUCUGUAAAUGUUUACUUCGGUUGAGUUAAAAAACUAAUCUGAUAUUUCUCGUUCUUGUUUGCAAAAAUCUCUUGCGUUAGGACUAUUUAAUUAAAGUUUUGCUAAUAUUUAAUGUCUCCCUUACACAUAAGUUAUGCAGAGCUUUGUUUUCUGGUGGCUUCACAUCGACUUCACUGUAAUUCGCUGGUUCGACCGAACUGUUCAACACCAAAAUUACAGCCUCAGUCGGCUUCUAAAGCGACCUAAACUACGACUAAAAAAAUUUUGCCUGCUUUAAGGUCGUAGAGCGUUCAAAAUGAGAGCCUAAAUAACAGCCCAAAGCGAUUUUGGUUCACAUUUGGGGUUUAACUGUCGACCAAAUUUACAACCUAAAAUAUUUUGCCUGAAUUUGGUCGCUUUUUGUUCAUGGUGUUGGAAUUAGAAACAAAAAAGGAAACAUAAUUUUUUUGGCUCAAGCUGUUAGGUUCAGCUUUGGUUGAUCUUUUGCUCUAUGUUUCCAUUUAAGGCCUUAUUAAGGCCUUAUUUUGGUUCAGUCAGGCCAUAAGAUUUCGUACGGGUAACUGUGAGUGACUCAAGCAUCUGUCCGGGCGAUGUAUUUAAUUUAAGCUGCUCUGCUGAUGGCAAUCCCCCUGUACAUACUUACCUGUUGUUUGAAAAUAAUACCCUUCUAAAUCCCAGUGGUAGUUCAGUAGUAAACAGGACAGCAUCAGCUGGAGGAGUGCUUAUUUACAGAUGUGAGGGGAAUAAUACUGUGGGAACGGCAAAUGCGACAACAACUGUCACUGUAAAUGGUAAGAAAUGAAAAAAAAAAAAUAAUGUGCAUUUGUGCUGUAUUUACAUGUACAUGUAGAUAAUUAAUUUUUAAUCCACCAACAAACAAACACUUCAGGCAGUUAAUACAUUAUGCUAGAAAAACUGGUCAAAGAUAGGCCAACAAAAAUGUAACAAAUUGGUGCCACUAUAACAAGACUAUUGCUCCUUGUCAUUAGCUGGUAAAAUGCAUCUGACUUUAUUUAAUGUUAAGUCAACCGGACAUAAAAAACUUGACCCUCAAAUGUAAUCAUCUCUAUAUAUCCUUUUUGAUGUAGAGGCACCUGUGAUACAGGCACUGAUCAACACCACAGUAAUAGAGGGCGAAAACAGUACUUUGGCUUGUCAUGUAAGUGGUAUCCCUUUACCAUCUGUAUCCUGGACAGAAGUUAGAACAGGUGACCGUACAGAGGAGAACAUUCGUUCACUUAUUAACGUCAGUAGAAGUGAUGCUGGAAAAUACAAGUGUGAAGCAAGCAAUUUUUGUGGAAAUGACUCCAAAAGCACAUUUGUGAUUGUUAACUGUAAGUGACUACUCUGAAUAGUAAUUAAAAGUACAUGUAUCAGGGUGCAAAGAAAAUUAUUUUUACAGCUUGCAAUUCUGGAAAGCCCAGACAUCAUUUCAACUAGCCCCAAAAGCUAUUUGAUGAGCAGAAUUGAUUUCACAGUUCUUCUGAUAUGUUAUUCGAAUUCCUUAAAAGACGUCACUUGCCCGUCAGGCAAGUUAAAAACAAAGUUCACUAACUCAGGAUAGCGAAAUCCACUAGCCCCGAGCUAUCGGUCACUACUUUCUUUGCAUGCUGUAUAUAAUUCCAGUGGUAUUUUAUGUUCAGUAGCUGCUUGUACUGUGUUUUACCCAUCAUAUUUCCAUUUAAACUGCAGGAAGAAAAGAAAAUCUGUAGAAUGUUGUAGUAUAAAGGAAUUCCAAAUUUUCAAAUAUUCUCAUGGGGAACAAAAUUGGUGCAAUUUUUGGGGGAGGUGCUAGCUGUAAAUUGGCAGUAUUUGACCUUGAAAAGGAAUAAUAAUAAUAAUAAUAAUAAUAAUAAUAAUAAUAAUAAUAAUAAUUAUAAUAAUACAAGAAUUUAAGAAACGAGAGGAAGUCAGCUUUGGUCUAACUCUCAAGACAAUUGAGAAAUUAAAGCUUUGAGAGUUAAUGGUUUGUAUUGUAAGUAUAAACUAAUAUUUAAAACUUUUGUAGUCUCUGAUUAACUAAAUAUGUUUAAGAGUUUUUGUAGCUGGUCAUUCAAACUAAAGUUUGAAAGUUCAAACUAAUUCAGACUAAAGUUCAUAAUGUACGUGUACAAUAUAGAAGGUUACAUUAUUUUUGUUUAAUUUGUUUUGAACAGAUCUCCAAGGAAUGUCUUCUGCAUCAGUUAUGAUCAGUUUUCACAGACAACUCCCUGCACGUUAUUAUGUGUUAUUUAUUAACAUGUACUUUUUUCACACAAUGUAUUGUUUCAAGGGGGUUCUAAUGUCUCUCUGUAUCUCUUUUCAGUUAAACCAGAGGAUGUGCAGUUAACAACGAAUGCCACUUCUAAUAAAGCAUGUCUGAAUGAUGUGGUGUUCUUCAACUGUUCAGUUGCUAAUGCAAACCCAGCAGUGGCAUUUUAUCAGUUUUUUGAGAAUGAUGUUCUGUUUGGUAGUAGCAGCUCAGGAAUGUUCAGCAAAAUGGUGAUGAACAGUGGUAAUUUAACAUACAAAUGUGUGGCAAACAAUACUGUAGGAGCAACAAGCAGCCAGAAUGUUUCCAUUACUGUUAAUGGUGAGGCCAAUAAUGAUUAUAUAAAAAAUGGGAUGUGUUCUGUUUUCUCUCCUGUUUGCUUGUUUUUGUCAGUUCCCUUCUUGUUUUAGUGUAUCACUUUCUUCCACGUGUCUCACGGGCAAAUAGAGUAGCGUGUUCCGGUUAAACUGAAGAUAUCUAAAACCCAACAUCAAAUUAAACCUUCUAUCAUAAACUAGCUUUCCUAAUAAACCCGAUUUUUUUAUUGCGCUGUUGAUUUUUGAGCAUACUUUACCGGUUUGUGGGGCCUAUAUUUGGAGGGGCUUUAAGGGUUAUCAAAAUUUAAUGUUAUGCAGUACUUGCAUAUUCCCCUGCUCCUGCAUGAGUUUCUUUUCACAGCCUUGUCAUUUAACUUUAACCACAGAUCUGAAAUAUAAUGGACACAGCUUUUGUACAAAAAAAAAAGCGGGAGAGAGUAAUUAAAACCGUUACAUCUUAAAUGUCCCUUAAAUUGCAGUGCCAGCAUCCAUUCAGUCAAUCAAAGAUCAGUUUGUUAUUGAAAGUCACAAUGCAAGUCUCAUUUGUGAUGCAUCUGGGACCCCUCAGCCAACUGUGUUUUGGAUCAAUGUCGCCAGUGGUCAGCGCACAAACAGCAGUGUACUGAAGUUUACCAACAUUAACAGAAGUGAAGCUGGAGAAUACAGAUGUGAAGCUAGCAAUGAUUGUGGGAGUGCAGUAGAGGCAGUUAACGUUACUGUGCAUUGUGAGUAGAUUUAGCAUAGGCAUUGUAUUGGUUCAUAUCAAGUGAUGGAUCAAGCAGGACCUUUUUGUACUCUGAAAAAUAAUUAUAACAACAGUAAUGAUGCUAUGACACUGUAGGAUAAUCCCAACAUUUAUAAUAGUAAACUGGAAGGCAAUAUGGAUACCAUGAUAAUUAUUACAGCAGAAACUACAUUAAUUUCAUAUUUAAAUUAACAGUUGGUGAACGUUGUGAGUUGUAAGUCACAGAAAUACUGCACAGCCGGAGGACAAAAAUUAUUGUAUGCUUUACUUAAGGCUAUAAACCGGAUGUUACAUUUAAUGCACUGUUCUGGUACUACAUGUUAACAAAAUCGCUGCCAAGAUAGAUUGUUGUGAUAUCUUCUUCAAUCAUAACCCUACUUCAAUGACUAAUAAACUAAAUCGAACUAAAGCAGCAAUAAUUAUUGUCCUUUAAAAUAAUGGUACUUCUUUAAUGGCUGAGGUCACACUUGAGAGUUUAGUGUAAUAAAAAGCCUUAUUAUUCAUUCAAAAUAUUUGACCCCGAUUCUGAUUGGUUAAAAGCACAUGCAUAAUUGACCAUAACCAGUUACUGAUGACCAAAUUUGGAAGAAUUUUGUGUUUAACGAGGAAAUGAUGUCAAAAAUGUAGCGUUCUUGCAGGUUAAUGCACCGUUAACCAAGAAGACCAGGGGACGAGGUUGAGUUGUUUUGGUUGUGAAAACAAAAAAUGGCAGACAUUUCACUCAUUUCAAGAGUAAGAAGUAGGCAAAAUUAUAGCUAAAAACACGGUAAGAACAGCAAGAACACAACUCGAAGGGCGACAUCUGCUAUUUGGAGCAUAUUUGUGGAGCUGAACCACCCUAAACGUACACUAUCGAAGGUGAACUUAACAUCGAUGGAGGUAAGCAUGUUUUAGCUUUGUUUUUUAACUAGGAAUUAUUUUGAAUGAAUAAUAAAACAAAUAUUGUGUUCGGCUUUGGCAUCAUAAGAAGAAUUAUGGAGAUCUUGGAGGGUGUUAUCCGCCUCAAUGGAUAACACCCUCCUCGAUCUCCAUAAUUUUUCAUAACAUACUCAGCCUUAUUCAUUAAUCUUUAAUUAUGGUUAAAAAUAAGGUAGACAAAUUGGACUUGUUUACUUAAACAUUUCUGCAGUGCUUUCAUGAUUCGAGUGUGUCAAUCAAACGUUAAGUCAGUGACUGAUGAGAAUAAAUACAGGCAUUCCUUUGUCGUGUGUGUGAUUGCCGAUUGCAAGUCGUUUUAAGAUAUUUCUACAUUCCGUCAUGGAAUCUGAGCGGCUGAUUGCGACGAUUGUGGUUCUUUUCCUUUUGAUUAUUGCUAUAAGGAGAGUCCAGCAGGUUUGAUUUUUCACUCCUUACUUUUUUUGAAAAGAAGACAGCACGAAGGUGCGAUUGCUUUCCUUACCAGGAGACAGAUUGGGAAAAAAAAAUGAACUGUUGCGCUUGGCUUCAUUCAUGGAUAAUAUGCAGACGGUGAAGCUUUCUCUGGACCAAAAAUUCACGGUCCACCUAGAGACUUCGAGUGAUAGUGGAGCUCUGAAAUGAAAUGAAAAGAAAAGAAAAAGAGAAGAAGGUUUUAAAUGCGCCGUCAACAUGUACAAGUCACUCGACAACAUCGGAACACAAUUCAGAGUAAAAAAAAAUCAGAGCUACUUAUAUGACUGUGUGUUUACCAUAAUAAAUUAUGGUAUCAAUUAAAGAAGUUGAGUUAAAAGUUACCUUGAGGUAAAUGAAUAGUUUUCUGACAUGUCUGUUUUAUGGUAAUAGGUCAUCGCCCAGAAUGCUAUAGUCUUUUGCGACAUGUAAUUUCAGUGCACAGUUUCUCAAUGUGCGGCAAUUCAGAUUAAAGUUCAUAAUGUUCAAUGUAGAAGUUUACAUCAUUUUUGUUCAAUUUGUUUUGAGCAGAUCUCCAAGGAAUGUCUUCCACAUCAGCUAUGAUCAGUUUUCACAGACAACAUCCUGCACCUUAUUAUGUAUUAUUUAUUAACAAUUUUACUUUUUUCACACAAUGUUUAAAGGGUGUUCUUGUCUCUCUGUAUCUGUUUUCAGUUAAACCAGAGGAUGUGCAGUUAACAACGAAUGUCACUUCUAAUAAAGCAUGUCUGAAUGAUGUGGUGUUCUUCAACUGUUCAGCUGCUAAUGCAAACCCAGCAGUGGCAUUUUAUCAGUUUUUUGAGAAUGACGUUCUGUUUGGUAGUAGCAGCUCAGGAAUGUUCAGCAAAAUGGUGAUAAACAGUGGUAAUUUAACAUACAAAUGUGUGGCAAACAAUACUGCAGGAACAACAAGCAGCCAGAAUGUUUCCAUUACUGUUAAUGGUGAGGCCAAUAAUGAUUAUAUAAAAAAAUGGGAUGUGUUCUGUUUUCUCUCCUGUUUGCUUGUUUUUGUCAGUUCCCUUCUUGUUGUAAAGUGUAUCACUUUCUUCCAGGAGUCAAUUUAAUAAAACUUUUACAAGUGUAAUUUAAAAGUGUAGCCAUUGUUUUAGAGUCUGAAAACAAUAGCUACACUUGUAAAUUACAAGUAUUUGUAUUUUGUAAAUUGACAGUAUUGACAUCCCAGCCUUUCAGUUCAGGGUUAUCAAAAUGUAAUGUUAUGCAGUACUUGCAGAACCCCCGCUCCUGAGUUCUUUCACAGCCUUGUCAUGUAGCUUUUAAUCACAGAUCUUAAAUAUAAUGGACACAGCUUUUGUACCUGUAUGAUGAUUACUCAUGCACUCCUUUCUUACACUGAUAAUUAUAUUAAAAAGAGAAAGAGAGAGAGGGAGAGAAUAAACCAUUACAUAUUAAAUGUCCCUUAAAAUUGCAGUGCCAGCAUCCAUUCAGUCAAUCGAAGAUCAGUUUGUUGUUGAACUUCGCAAUACAAGUCUUAUUUGUAAUGCAUCUGGGACCCCUCAGCCAACUGUGUUUUGGAUCAAUGCCGCCAGUGGUCAGCGCACAAACAGCAGUGUGCUGGAGUUUACCAACAUUAACAGAAGUGAAGCUGGAGAAUACAGAUGUGAAGCUAGCAAUGAUUGUGGGAGUGCAGUAGAGGCAGUUAACGUUACUGUGCAGUGUGAGUAGAUUUAGCAUAAGACAUUACAUUGAUUUAUAUCUAGUGAUGGAUCAAGCAGGACCUUUUUGUACUGUGAAAAAUAAUUAUAACAACAAUAAUGAUGCUAUGAGACUGUAGGAUAAUCCCAGCAUUUACAACAGUAAAGUGGAAGGCAAUAUGGAUAUCAUGAUAAUUAUUACAGCAGAAACAACAUUAAUUUGGUAUUUAAAAUAACAGUUGGUAAAUGUUGUGAGUUGUAAGUCAUAGAAAUACUGCACAGCCGGAGGACAGAAAUGAUUGUAUGCUUUACCUAAGGCUAUAAACUAGGUGUUACGUUUAAUGCACUGUUCUAGUACUACAUGUUAACAAAAUCGCUGACAAGAUAGAUUGUGAUCGUGAUAUUUUCUUCAAUCAUGACCAUACAGGAGCAUUUUGUGUAUGGGUUAAGGCACUAUAAUGACUAAUAAACUAAAUCGAACUAAAGCAGCAAUAAUUAUUGUCCUUUAAAUGGUACUUCUUUAAUGGCUGAGGUUACACUUGAGAGUUUAGUGUAAUAAAAAGCCUUAACUAUGGUUAAAAAUAAGGUAGACAAAUUUACUAUUGUAAAUUGGACUUGUUUACUUAAACAUUUCUGCAGUGCUUUCGUGAUUCGAGUGUGUCAAUGAAACGUUACAACACACAACACACGUGCCUCAACCUCUGAACAUUUUUAUACUAAAGAAUCUCGACUCAAUGUCAAACGAAAUGCUUUUUCGCGUGUUGGGGUCAAAAUUUGGAAUGGGAUACCUCAAAUUCUUAAAGAAAGACCGAAAAAAGCUUUUAAAAGAUCACUAAAAGAAAUGCUACUCGAUUUCCUUGAAACUGAAGACUCCUAUAUUGAUGUGGAUACGAUCAUCGUGAAAAUGAAAAAGUAAUUCUCUUGUCCUUUAUUUUCAUUUUAUUUUAUUUUUAAAAUUUCACUUUAAUUAUUGUCCUUGCAUUUAAGUAGAACGUAUCUAUUUAAUAUAAAAUGUAUAUACUUAUAUAACGCCUAAUUUCUUUGUAUUUGUCUAGUUUGUUGUAAAUUAUGUAGCCUGGCCUGCCUCGAAUAGCCUCGCUAACUGCAGGCCAGUCCCAAUGUAUCUUUUGCUAUAUUUUCAAAUUUAAAUAAAGUUGAAGUUGAAGUUGAGUUGACGUUAAGUUGGUGACGGAUGAGAAUAAGUACAGGCAGGCCUUUGUCGUGUGCGUGAUUGCCGAUUGUAAGUCGUUUUAAAAUAUUUCUACAUUCCGCCAUGGAAUCUGAGCGGCUGAUUGCGACGAUUAAUUGUGGCUCUUUUCCGUUUGAUUAUUGCUAUUCGGAGAGUCCAGUGGUUUCGAUUUUUCACUCAUUACUUUUUUUGAAAAGAAGACAGCACGAAGGUGCGAUUGCUUUCCUUACAAGGAGACGGAUUGGAAAAAAAAAAAUCAACUGUUGCGCUUGGCUCCACGCAUGGAUAAUUUGCAGACGGUGAAGCUUUAAUCUCUGGACCAAAAAUUCACGGUCAACCCAGAGAUUUCGAGUGAUAGUGGAGCUCUGAAAUGAGAUGAAAAGAAAAGAAAAAGAGAAGAAGGUUUUAAACGCGCCGUCAACAUGUACCAGUCACUCGACAACGUCAGAACACAACUCAGAGUGAAAAAAAUCAGAGGUACUUAUAUGACUGUGUGUUUACCAUAAUAAAUUAUGGUAUCAAUUAAAGAAGUUGAAUUAAAAGUUACCUUGAGGUAAACGAAUAGUUGUCUGACAUGUCUGUUUUAUGGUAAUAGGUCAGUUCCCUACAAAUCCGAGGUCCCGGCGGAAAGCACUUGCGUAGCGCAAUCGAAGCCGUUGCAUAUCAAGAAAACUGACAAGUUGUCAGCUAUAAAAACAAAGUUUAGAUAAACUUGUGAUAAACGAACGCGAUUCAGGUCGCUUUUCUAUAGUAAACUUUGCUUUUAUCCUGCCACCGUUUCCAACGCGACAGACUAGACGGGCGUUUACCAUAGUAAAGUGAGAAAAGCCGGUCACACUAAAAAAGACUGAAACUAUGGUAAACUUUGCUUUACUAUAGUAAAAAAAGCCCAAGUGUGACCUCAGGCAAUGUGUGUUUUUACUUCAUUCUAGAUCCACCAGAAAAUGUCCUAUUGACAACAAAUGCCACUGCAAAUAAAUCUUGUCAGAAUGAUGUAGUAAGCUUCACCUGCUUAGCCGAUGCUGUGCCAUCCGCGAUGCCAUUCCAGUUGUUUAAAGAUAACGUUCCCAUGGAGAUAAGUGACUCAGGAAAGUGGGUUAAAACACUGUCAGAAGGAGGUAUGUUUCACUACAAAUGUGUGGCUAACAAUUCCAUUGGAUCAGCAAGCAGCACAAAUGUUAUCAUUACUGUAGAUGGUAAGUGAGACCGUAAAAAUACGUUGGUACUCAUGUUAACAUUUAAGAUUGAUUUGACUGAUUGUAGUUACACACGAUCUGAUCUCUGUGUUCUCUGUAUAUAUUCUGCUACAUCAGCGUUUAAUGAAGAACAUCAGUGACAUCAUGGGCGUACACAUAUAUGUCAUAACUGAGAAACAUUUAUUUUAUUUACUGUAUGCAAUAAAUUUUCUUAAUGAGAUAGGUGCGUGUAGACUUGUUCCUGGAAGAUUCCCCUCAUAGUUUCGACUUUUUUAAGCAACUAAAGUGUACUAAGAGUGAUGGCAGUUAGUGUGAUACCCGAUGAGGUGCAACUAGAUGCGAGAUGAGACGUGUACUUGUUUGCUAUUUUCGAACGGUUAAGUUCUAAUAGCCUGAAUUUCAUCCGAUUACUUCUUUAUUUUUUUCGAUUGUAAUUCAUUUUUAACGUUCAAACUAUCAACUGCAUGCUGUACAACUCUGAACCGGUUGUACUAAAUUCUAUAAUCAAACUCGGUCGCAAUCACGCAAUGAAAUAAACAGACACACGGAACACUUAGUUCAUAUACACAAUGAUUUGCUUUGAUUGAAAAGACGCUAUUUGGUCCUUAACGAAGAAAAAAACAAGGAGACAAGAAAGAAAAGCUAACAGAAUCAUUAGACUUGACGGUAAAAAUAGCAAGAAGGUCGAAUUAUAACAUUGAUCUCACAAAACUUCGCGUAAACAAAAUCACCGGCCGCCGAAACCACAAAGCGGCUCUAAAUGAAAAACCUACCGACUCUCCGCAAUGAUUCUUCAUUCGCAGUUCAAUUUAGCAUUUCAUGCCGAUCAGUUUCGAAGACAAGGGCAAUUUUGCUGUUUAAGAUAAAGAUUAAGCUUAUCGAAAUGUUUGAACUAAACGAAAGAAUGUCAGGGAUGCGAUCCGCGAGCGACAAUCCCGCUAAAAUUUUUCAUAAUUAUACAUAAUUAUGCGAAUGUUUAGACAAUCAACCAAUCAAAAUCACUACCCAGUUUUCGGGUAGUGAGUGACGUCACUGGACGGCAUUAACGGUCCGUCGAUUCAGACGUUGUUGAGAGGAGAAAACGACUCGAAGAAAUCGGAUGAAUUUCAGGCUAAAGUUCUAAUUCUUUCCUUUGAACUCAAAUUCGUAUGUUUCUGACCAGAGGAUGGACUCUUUUAAAGGGCACGAGUAGUGUCAGUUGGUUUGUAUCUAAAGCACCGAGCAUGCUGCUGUAGUACUCACAUGUACAGUCACUUUUCCGCCAGUUCUCCCGAAACUUUUCUGGGCCCAGUUGUUUGAAGGCCGAUUAUCGCUUACCCGGGGUCAAAAGUAUUUUCUUGGAUAAUUUUCUCUUUUCAUUUUUGGAGCAUCCAAUAAUCAAAUUGUGGAAAAAAAAAAUAAAGUGAAUUUGCUUUUCAAGCUUUCAUAUCUGCAUUCAAAUUUUGCGCUAAACCCAGCUUUGAACAACUCACCUCUGCUGGACAAACAGUUACAGAAUUUCAUUUGCAUUUUCAAUCCAAAUGUCCCCUAGAAAAAGUUGUUCACGCAGUCGUCUAUAGUACAUACAACUUUAGUAUCUGUGCUUGCAGUUUAAUCUUAAUGUCCCCAACUAUAACGUCAAUCAGUAGAAAUAGCUGUUGGUCUUUCUUUUUUUUAUUACUUUCAUUUUCGUUUUUCACCCCAGUGCCAUCAACCAUCCACCCUUUGCAAAACAAGACAAUAACUGAAGGUGGUAACUUGAAUCUGUCUUGUAAUGCAUCUGGUACUCCUCCGCCAGUCGUGUCAUGGGUGAGGAUCAGCACAAGUCAUCGCUCUGAUGGUAGUGUGUUACAACUCACGAAUGUAAGCAGGAGCGAAGCUAGAGACUACAGAUGUGAAGCCAGCAAUGAGUGUGGUAAUGCAUCAGAGGCACAAAACAUUGAUGUGCAGUGUAAGUAAUGAACGGAGUUCACCAAAUUCUGCCAUAUCGUUAAGGGGGCUUUGGCAACCAGGUCGGCGACGAUGGCAAAAACGUCACUUAAAAAGUAAACCGGUCCUCUUUCAAACAUCAUCGUUAUUAUUCCGCUGUGUUCAAUUUGUCAAUUUUGCUUGAUUUGACGUCUGUGGACUAUAUCUAACUUCAGAAAAAAAAUCGUUUGUUUUGAUCACGUCCUCUAUAAAACGCUAAAUUAAGAAUUUUCACGUCGCAGUUGUACAACGAGGUCAGGAAAUGUAAAAAAAAAAAAACCAAGAGAGAUCAGAAAGUGUGAUGUACCUGCAAAGCUGGACUCUAAAUCAGAAAGAUCUGUUUUAGCCCUAAAAACAGGGCCGUUUCGGUGAGUAAAAUACAGUCCUAUUUUUGGGUCUAAUUUGGCUGCCUUAAAUCAGGGCCAAUACAGUCCAAUUAGCUAGGGCUGAUUUGGUCCCAGGGCUGAAAUGGGCCCUACCGUGGGCUGGAAUAGCCUUUUGAUAGAGCUNUUAUUAUUCCGCUGUGUUCAAUUUGUCAAUUUUGCUUGAUUUGACGUCUGUGGACUAUAUCUAACUUCAGAAAAAAAAUCGUUUGUUUUGAUCACGUCCUCUAUAAAACGCUAAAUUAAGAAUUUUCACGUCGCAGUUGUACAACGAGGUCAGGAAAUGUAAAAAAAAAAAAACCAAGAGAGAUCAGAAAGUGUGAUGUACCUGCAAAGCUGGACUCUAAAUCAGAAAGAUCUGUUUUAGCCCUAAAAACAGGGCCGUUUCGGUGAGUAAAAUACAGUCCUAUUUUUGGGUCUAAUUUGGCUGCCUUAAAUCAGGGCCAAUACAGUCCAAUUAGCUAGGGCUGAUUUGGUCCCAGGGCUGAAAUGGGCCCUACCGUGGGCUGGAAUAGCCUUUUGAUAGAGCUUUUUUGGCCUAAAUUGUGCUCAAAUGGCUCCAAGAAGGGCUGAAUCAGACUUUGGCCUGCAGGGCUGAAUUGACACUUUAAGGCUGAAACAGAUCUUUUUAAUUUACAGUGUGGUGUUUUGCUCAUCUAAUCCUAUAUUGCUCUUUUACCGUUUCCGUUCCCGUUCCCGUUCCCUUUCCCGUCGCUAUCGUCGUUGUUUCAGCACCCUGCUAAGCUUUCAGUCUGUCUGAAUAUACAGCGUCGCGUUUCGGGGGAAGAAGAGAGAGAGCCUGAGUACGAGUUUUUUUAGAUUGACAUCACAUUGACAUCAUCUGUUUAGCUCUUUUGCCCUUCUAAAAAACAAGCGCUUUACACGAGACGAUGUUGAAGGGAAUUGAGCACUUUCAUAAAUUUUGCAUUGAAAUGAACGUGACUUAGACGAAAUUUGAUUGCCCUGUUCUCCAAAGCCCAUUGAGCAGUAAUCCAGGGUUGAAUUUGUUUUCACUGUGUUAUGGAUUAUUUGUGGACCUUUCGUAGACUGUCAUUUUUGGUUUACCGGACCGUUUCUCUGACUAAAGACUCACAGGUUUUUAUGAGCUGUUUUAUUAGGGGAUUUUCUUUUAGAAAAUAGGACAACGUUUUGUCUGAUGUUCACUGUAAUACAUGGACUGCGAUGGCGACACAAUUAAGCGGACCAACGGCUUAAGAGUAGCAUUAAAAUUAUAGUGUCUUUUGGUGGUUGUCUGAUUAUUGUUUCCGUUUUUAUCUUACAUAUAUGUAUGUUAUACUGCUUUGGGAGAAAAUCCCAUAUAUCCAAGUGAAUGGCGUCUUUUGGCCAAUGUUUUGGUUUUUUCCUAGCUAUCAUGCCGCAUCAUAUGUUGAUUGAACUUUGUCAUGUAAAUAUAAUUUUUUUUUCUUAUAGACAAGCCAGAGAACGUUCAGCUAACAACAAACGCCAGUGUAAACAAAGCAUGCCAGAAUGACAUCUUGAAACUUAAUUGUUCAGUCGGAGAUGCCAAUCCAGAAGUGACUUCAUAUCAGUUGUUUCGAAAUGGCACUGAUGUUGGGGAAAGCAACACAAGAAUGUGGGUUAAAACACUGUCAACCAGCGGCCUAUCGGUGUACAAAUGUGUGGCAAACAACUCCGUGGGAAGUUCAGAAAGCCCGAGUGUUUCCAUCACCGUUAAUGGUAAUCAU